UAUAAACCCACAUGAGUUAUUACUUUAUACAUUCGUUCUCAGGAUGCUACCCUAAUGCCCCAGACUAUCAGCUGUUAAAUUAUGGGGCUGGCAGAUCCAUGGAUGGAUCCUAUAGAGAUCCAGGCAACAUGCACGCCGGCUCUUACGGAUACAAAUACAAUGGAAUGGAUUCUGAGCAUCAGCGGAUCAGCCACCCACCACCUCCUCCUCCUCCUCCAGCCAAUUUGGAGUGGUUGGGGGAGAGCUCUCGCGUCUUUUCUGCCCAGGCAGCGCUCGAAAGCAGGUUAAGAGAGGUGUUCAGCUGCUCCUUGUCCUGUCCCGAAUCCCUCCCUGGCACAAGCAGCACCAGUAGUGGCGGCUGUCAACGAAAGCCAUGGAGGCAAGACAGCUGGAUCCUCCCACGCCAACCAGUAGCUUCUGUCGGUGCAGUUCGUCACGUGUUUGCCGAAAUAGACGAAACCAGCGUGUCCUCGCGAACCGAAGACAGCGGUUCUCAAGCCAAUAGCGGCGCCCAAGUUCAGACGGAGCCGAAUGCCACCUCCACACCGGCCGCAUAA